AUGGGGCGGUGUCGGCGUCCGUGGUACCCGUCCAACUACAGGUGCCCCCCGGACUGCGGGGUGCGAGAGGACAGCAGGGGCUGUAUCCAAUGCACCUGUGGAGCUGAGCCAAUCAAACCGCCUCGUACGUACACAUACACGCGCAACUACGCCGCCAACACAAUUAUUCUAUGUCCCGCCGACUGCGGGGAAAGACGGGACAACAAGGGCUGCAUUCAGUGCACCUGCGGAGCCACGCCCCAAAAGCCAAUCGGACCGCCAGCUCAAUGUACCGCGCCGUGGUACCCGUCCGACUACAGGUGUCCUGCCGACUGCGGAAAGCGACAGGAUAACAGGGGCUGCAUCCAGUGCACGUGCGGGGCCACGCCUCAGAGGCCGGGGGGAGUGGGGCCGCCGGUUCCUCCGGGACCGUCCGACCGCUGCUACCCGCCGAGCUACCUGUGUCCGGCCUUCUGCAACAGCCUAGUCACCGGUGACGGCUGCCUGAGCUGCGCGUGCGGUGCCGAGCCGCAGCCGCCGCCGCCGCCACCCCAGUGCCCGCCGCUCGGCUGUCCCCCUGCCUGUGUCAUUCCGUCCGGCCCGGGCGGCGGCUGUCCCCGGUGCGGCCCCUGCGGCGGUGGAAUCGGUCCGGCCUGUCCGCCGCCACCGCAGUGUCCGCGCCGGCCCGGCUGCAACCUGGUGCCGGACGCCAACGGGUGCCAGAGGUGCAGCUGCACACCCAUCCGUACCCCCACGGGCUAUAACGGAUAA